AUGGCUGAAGAUAAUCCGCGCACCCCACAACAAGAGUCGCAUGUGGUGGACGAUACAAUACCCACAGAUGCGUUGUCUCCAAAAGUAACGGGGAAUUCGACUGCAUCGGGUUUCUCUCCAGUAGUGGAAGAUCUAGAGCCCAAGCCUGCAAGGCCUUCUUACGGCAGAUCAAUGGGCCAACCAGAUCCUCAAAAGCCACUUUCUGCAAACAAAGACGAAGAAAGCUGGGUUCCUGCCGAGAUGCGGGCACUAUAUUACUCCGCCGCCCCGGCCGUCCCGCCGGGUGUCGAUAGCUCCGAUGUUGACAUUCAAGAAGCGGCAAUGUCAACAUCGCACACAGGGCUAGUCCUCGACACGGAAUUCCCGACUCCACAGCCCUCGGCGAACCAGUACCUGCUCAAAGUUCAAACAGCAGCGUUCUGUCAAGACGAGCUGCGUCUUGCAUCGGAGUUGAAUCCAACAAAGACGACUCCGCAGAUCCCGCUCCAUAGUCUCUGUGGGACUGUUAUCAGUACCCCGGCACAGGAUCAUGGUCGGCCUUUUGGUCCGAGAUUUAAGAUUGGUGACGUGGUCUUCGGCGUCCUGAGUUACACACGGGAUGGAGGUGCGGCGGACUAUGUCGUUGCAACAGAACGCGAAUUGACUCUCAAGCCAAAGAGUAUCACUGCAACUGAGGCCGCAGCUUUGGCUUUACCGGCUUUGACGGCCUGGCAAGCUCUUUUUCGCUACGCGGGGCUUGAUCCCGACGACCCUCACAACUAUUGGAAGGGUGAUUCCAGUGGAAACAGUAGCGGAACUGGGAGUGGGAGCGGCCUUGGUCUUGGGGCGAAAAAGAGUGGAGCUAGCAGCGGCAAAGGGAGCGGCAGUGGCAGUGGCAGUGGGAGCAGUGGGCGCAGUGGACGCAGUAGCGGCAAAGGGUAUGGAUAUGGUUGGCGAAAGAAAAGCAUUGACUUUAUCAAUAUGCAUGCUUUGAACAGGAACAAAACCGAAUCCGGCAGUGGGCCCAUUGGGGAUAUUAGCAGGAGUUCUACAGAGGCAGGCGGAAGCGGAAGCGGAAGCAGUUCAAAUUGGCGGAAGAAGAGCAUUGAUUUUAUCCAAGGUCAUACGUUCAACAAUGGGAACGGUUUCAAAAAGAAGAAGGAUACAACUCUGCGUGUGCUGGUCACCAACGCGCGGGACAGUGAAGUCGGCCGCAUCGCCGUGCAGCUACUUCGAGCAGAUAGACUAUUUGCCCUUGACAUGCGGCCAUGGAUCUGUGUGACUUGCACCUCUGCUGAAGAAAGCAUCAUUCGGGAGGGCUGGGAUGUCGAUGAAGUCCUUGUCAUUCCACAUCUACCCACUCGAGAUGAAUGCAACAUUGGUGCUAUGUUUCGGGCCCGCCGAUUGCAGCCUGUGGACAUUGUUCUGGACUGCACCGGUGAUGAAGUCUUCCAAGAAGCACAUUCACCAGCUGUGGUUAAGGACCAUGGGUCUGUUUUGACAGCGGUGGAUCCACGGCCAGCAAAGCAGCAGGUCCCUGUGGAUGGUCAAGAUGCUCUUCGGCGAAAGAAGCGUGGAGUUCGAAGUCGGUUUGUUCCAGUAAAUCCCGAUGCUGCGGCGUUGGGACGCAUGGUGCAACUAGUUGAUGAUAAUACGGUUCGGGGUAACGAAGAACAGGUUAUUGAUCUUAUGCAUGCCAGCAAGCUUCUAGAAGGGAGGGCAUCCGCUUCUGCUGGGAGUCGACGGGGAGCGAUGAUGGUUGUGAGGGUUAAUUAA